CGACGAGAAAGAUGACCAUUGCACAAACGUCCUCGCCCCUCCGCAGCUCAGAUGCCGCAAUUUACCACUACUUGCAUCAACCAGGAAGUAGACCUUCGCAUUCAUGCAGACAACCUCCGGUUCUCGCCCACGACGUUUCCCACCACAUUUCUCGCGACUGCAGAAAAGUUGGCAGCGCAGCCCGCCCUCCACUACAAACGACAUGGUGAAUGGUUCGGAACUCGCCAUGUUGGAGAUUCGUUGGGAGUGUGCACUCAUGUUGACUCGACAGGCAUCACCACACGUGGCAUGACUACAAGACGGCGAGCUUCCGCUUUGCCAAGGCGUUGCUCAGCCAAGGGCUGAAUCGAUUCGAGACGGUGGGGAUUUGUGGAUUCAACUCGUCCGAGUGGUUUUUUUCGUUCGUCGGGACUGUCUUGGCCGGCGGCGUCCCCGUCGGCAUCUACACGAGCAACAGCGCCGCCGCCAGCUACCAUGUAUGUCGUCACGCUGAAACGCGGUUUAUUGUCGUCGACAGCCUCGAACAGCUCGAUAAAUUUGCAUCGAUCGUGCCGCAACUACCCAUGCUGCGAGCUAUCGUGCUCUGGAACGCCGACGUGCCAGCCACUUUUGAAUGCCACGUGCCCGUGUAUUCGUUUGAAGCGUUCGUGAAGCUCGGCGACGACGGCGUCGAGGAUGUCAUUGUACAUGCACGGAUCGAUGCACAGCGUCCUGGCCAUUGCAUGUCGCUCAUCUACACAUCUGGCACGACUGGCAAUCCCAAGGGGGUCAUGAUCUCGCACGACGCGUUCAUGUUUGCACAGGCCUCGCUCAUGGACCCGUUCACGCGCGACGACUUCUGCAAAGACGACCGCAUGGUGAGCUUCCUGCCGCUGUCGCACAUCGCGGGCCAACAGUGCGACAUUGGGUGUCAAGCGGUGCACGGGUCCCACGUGUACUUUGCCCAGCCGGACGCACUCAGAGGAUCCCUUGGCGCGACGCUGAAGGACGUUCGACCGACGUUUCUCCUGGCGGUGCCGCGACUGUUUGAAAAAAUCAUGGAGAAGAUGCAAGAAGUCGGCCGGUCCACGACUGGUUUAAAGAAGCUGGUCGUGACGUGGGCGAAGAGCGUCGGCACAGCGACAGUCCAAGCGUCCGUGUAUGGCGGGUCUGGCCAAGUCCCGUGGGGUUUUUGGCUUGCCAACUGGCUCGUCUUUACUCGUGUGCGCGAGGCUUUGGGUCUGGACUGCUGCAAAUUUUUUUAUGCCGGCGCGGCGCCGCUCUCGCGCGAAUGCUUUGACUACUUUGCCGCGCUCAACAUCCCGAUCUACGGCGUCAUGGGGAUGAGCGAGACGUCCGGCAUUGGAUUUUGCAACUUUCCGACCAAGUUUCAACCGCUGUCGAUUGGGACCAAGACGACAGGGACCGAAUUCAAGGUCGACGCAGCCACCGGUGAGCUUCUCGUGCGCGGCCGCCAUGUCACGAUGGGGUAUCUCAAGAAUGAGGACGAAACGAACCGAGCGAUCGAUGCCGAUGGAUGGCUGCAUACGGGAGAUUGCGUCCAGGUGGACACGGACGGAUUCGUCACCAUCACGGGGCGCCUCAAGGAGCUCAUCAUUACUGCCGGUGGCGAAAACGUGCCGCCUGCGGUGCUCGAGGACGUCCUGAAGCAGGAACUGCCGAUCCUGUCCAAUGCGAUGGCCGUGGGAGACAAGCGAAAGUUCAUCGCAGCUCUCUUGACGCUUCGAGCCCGCGUCGACGCCAACGGCUUGCCGACCAACGAGCUCGAUCCAUUCGUCGUGCGGGAGUUUGAGGCGAUCGGGUCGACAGCCAAGACCGUCGACCAAGCCAAGUCAUGCGCCAAGGUCGCGGCCCACAUCGACGCCGGGCGCAUGCGCGCUAACGCCCGCGCCAUGUCUCGCGCCCAGUACAUCCAGAAAGUUGCGAUUCUGGACAAGGACUUUAGCAUUCCCGGUGGCGAAUUCACUCCCACACUCAAGCUCAAGCGGCCCGUCGUGCUCGAGAAAUACGCCGACGUCGUCGACGCGAUGUAUCACUAAGUUAAUCGAGCAGGUGCUCGUUUGUGACCAUAUUUCACUCAACGGCGUUCGGCGAG